ACACGACCGUGGUAUCCCCCAUGUACCAUCAGGGUUCCACGAUCGAUCGUAGUGGCCCCACUUCUUCUUUCUCUCCAAUUUAAACUCUUGCAGCGUCCGGAGAAACGUUUUUCCUCCAGUUGCCACCGACCGCGUUGGACCCGGUGCGAAAUCAGUAUCCGUGACUUUUCCGUGAAAAUUGUUCAGUGUCUAGUGAUAAGGGGGAGCCGAGCAGCCUCCCUGAUCGUUUUUGGAUUUGUUACUGUCUUUGUUUAACGUUUUUUAUUUCGAUAAAGGUCUGUGGAAAGCAGGAAAUUAUUUUAGUAAAAUGGAUGCGAUGGAGGCUAAUCAGUUUAGGGAGUUCGGAAAGACGAUGAUAGACUACGUCGCCAAUUAUCUGGAGAAUAUAAGGGAUAGGCGCGUGCUUCCAACAGUAGAACCAGGGUAUUUACGUCCUUUAAUUCCUAGUGAGGCACCACAAAAACCAGAUUCCUGGAAAGACGUUAUGGAUGACAUUGAAAGAGUCAUUAUGCCCGGAGUUACUCAUUGGCAUUCACCGAAGUUUCAUGCCUAUUUCCCAACAGCAAACUCGUAUCCUGCUAUUGUAGCCGAUAUACUCAGUGAUGGUAUAGCCUGUAUAGGAUUUUCAUGGAUUGCAAGUCCCGCUUGUACAGAACUAGAAGUCGUAAUGAUGGACUGGCUGGGGAAGAUGAUAGGUCUCCCCGAGGAAUUCCUGGCCUGCUCCGGGGGUAAAGGGGGUGGUGUUAUACAGGGAACGGCGAGUGAAGCUACUCUAGUUGCCUUACUUGGAGCCAAGGCACGUGCUAUUCAUCAGGUGAAGAAAGAACAUCCAGAUUGGAGAGAUGCGGAUAUUGCCGAAAAAUUGGUUGGAUAUACUUCCAGUCAGAGUCACUCCUCUGUGGAAAGAGCUGGUCUUUUGGGUGGUGUCAAAUUGAGAGGUCUACCCACUGACGACUCCAACAGGCUCAGGGGAGAUACCUUGGAGAAGGCUAUCAAGGAAGAUCGUGAUGCCGGCCUUAUUCCUUUCUAUGCUGUCGCCACCCUAGGAACAACCUCAUCCUGCACCUUCGACAACUUGGAAGAGAUUGGCCCAGUGUGCAACGAUAACAACGUAUGGCUACACAUCGAUGCAGCAUACGCUGGUGCUGCUUUCGUAUGCCCCGAAUACAGAUAUCUCAUGAAGGGCGUAGAAAUGGCAGAUUCCUUCGAUUUCAACCCGCACAAAUGGAUGCUGGUCAAUUUUGACUGCUCCGCCAUGUGGCUCAAGGAUCCCAACUGGCUAGUGAACGCUUUCAACGUGGAUCCCUUGUAUCUUAAACACGACCAACAAGGUUCGGCCCCCGAUUACAGACACUGGCAGAUACAGCUCGGCAGAAGAUUCAGAUCGCUCAAGAUAUGGUUCGUACUGAGGCUCUACGGCGUCGAGAACAUACAGAAGCAUAUAAGGAAGCAGAUAGGCCUGGCACACUAUUUCGAGAAGUUGGUCAAGUCCGACGAGAGAUUCGAGGUAACUGAAGAAGUUUUAAUGGGAUUGGUCUGCUUCCGGCUCAAGAAUGAAACGAAUGAGGUGAAUGAGAGAUUACUGAAGAGGAUAAACGCCAGGGGUACCAUCCAUUUGGUGCCUUCAAAGAUCAGGGAUAUGUACUUUUUGAGGAUGGCUGUCUGCUCUAGGUUAUCUGAGGAGUCAGAUAUGGAAGUAACAUGGAAGGAAGUGCGAGAAUCUGCUGAUGAUGUCUUGGAGAAGAAAGUGAAUGGAUUUUAGAUGAAGCCACCCUCAGGUUUCAUUUCUGGCAAAUAAUUUAGGCGAAUUAUUUAUAAGUUAUUUAUUGCAAUAAAUGUAUAUAUGUACGUGCCGAAAAAGACCAAUAUAAAAAUACAUAGAUUAUACAGUGUAAAAUCGAAUAUAAUUGUUGAAUCAU